CAAUGCAUAAGUAUCAAAAUAUGGCAACGAGUGGGUUACAAAUGGGUCCCAUCAGCCAAAACACACAGCAAGAAAAUAUUAUGGGACGUGCAAGCUCAUAUGAUCCUAGGCAGGCUGUUGAUGGACCAGUGUAUAGUAACAACACAGAACUAUAUGUAGACGGUAUGGUAAAUGAUCCAUAUAAUGGUAUGCAAGGCUUAUAUGCACAGGAUCGCAUUGCCACGCCGAAGGAUCACCUAAGCAUUGCCCAUCUCGCAGGACCACGAGGAUCCUUCAUCCUGAAUCAAAUCGCCGAUCCGAAAGAGUCUGGGAUACAUUACGCACCUCCGAAACAUGGAUGUCUAAUAGGUUACAAUAAACUACGCAAGCCAGGACAAUACGGUUACCAGAACGAAUGUGACUUAUACCUUCCACAAGGAGCGCAUUCCGAUCUCUCACAAUCAGGUAUAAUUUACAAUGAUUGGGACCCGAGGGACUAUGCCAUGUAUCAGGAUAACAGAGGUUCUGGAAAUGACAGUGUGAACUCAACAGUCGAUGGUGACUCUGUGGAAGAUAUCGAUGAUUUGAUAGGACCAGACGGAACCUUGCCUCCAGCUAACAAACGAGAUCCAAUAUACACAGCAAUAUCCGGUUUGAAAUGGAAGGCGAAAAGUAAAAAAUGGGUAGUAAGAUGGGAUAAUCCUAUAACAAACAGACGAGUCUACAAAUACUUCAGCGGUGUUAGAUACGGAUUCAUGGGAGCCCACAAAAGAGCGAAGUAUUACCUUGAGUUCUUGAACAUAUCGGUUGGAAGACUCGACACACCCAGUGUAGGAAACCCAUUCUGUAAAAGAACAGAAGGCCCGCCAAAGGGCAAAGAAAAUAAAGGUUUGAUGCGGAAGCUGCUUAACCGUAAUAGACCGGAAAUCGUACUCAAGUCAAACCCAGUCAUCUAUGGUUACCCUGGUCAGCAAUCUUAUGGCCCUCCUCUGGAAUAUGCAGAACAACAAAUGCAGGAAAUUAAUUCUAGACCGGUAUAUCGUUACGGGUCACGCAUGGAUGACCCAUUCUGUCUCAUGGAUCCAAACCACUGUUUGCAGCAAACAAACCAAUGAACACA